UGUUCCUUGGAUGAUUUUGGUCCGAUUUUGGGGUUCCCGCCCAAUUUGUGACGUCACACGCGGCGCGCCAAGAAGACGCGGCCGCCAUUUUGUGGCCGUGAGGGAGAAGCCGCCGCCAUGAUGGAACCGCCGCCAUGAAACCGCCGCGGCGGCUCCGCCUGAUCCCGGCGCGCUUCGCGAGGCUCUCGCCCAGCCCCGAGCGGCCUCAACAAAGCCCGUGGGGGCUGCGGGAGAAGCGGGAGCUGCUAAAAGCGCUGCGGGAUGAGGCUGUGCGCGGCCUCCCCGAGCAGCGGCUGCCGGCGGCGCUGAGGGAGCGGCUGCCCCGCAGGAGCGAGGAGGAGAUCCGGGCGCUGCUGGUGCGGCUGCGGGGCCGGGCGGCCCGGGAGGCGCUGAGCUCCAAAUUCCGGAAUUUUCUGCAAUUCCAGCGCUGGAUCCGCGCCCCCAUCCAGGUGUGGCAGGACUUGGCUGAGACCCUCGUGGGAGGAGCCCUGGAGGGACCCCCCAGAGCCGCCUUCUCCCAGGUGCUGACACUGGCGGCCACCGAGCCCCUGACCCUCGCCUGCUCCAGAACCCCCCAAAAUUCGGGGUCACCCCCAAAUUUGGGGUCACCCCAAAAUUCGGAGACCCCCCCGGAGGUGGAGACCCCCCAAAAUUCGGGGUCACCCCAAAAUCAUGGGGGUUUUGAGGUGGAUUUUGGGAAGAUUUACGAAUUCCUGGCGCGGAUCAGCGCGGGGGGGGAGGGGCCCCCCCUGCCCCCCGCAGAGGCCGCGGUGGUUCUGGCCUUACUGGGAGCGCUGCCGGCCGAACUGGGAGCACUGGGAGCUCCGGGGGGGCUCCGGCGGCGGCUCCGGCGGCUUUGGGGGUCCCUGAGCGCCCCCCGAGAGCCCCCCCAGAGCCCCGAGCCCCCCCAGUGCCCCCCCCUCAACCCCUUACUGGUGCCACUGGUGUUACUGGGACGGGCGGCCUGAGGGAAAUUCCCCAAUUUUGGGGGUCCCAAAAUCCUGAGGGGGCCCAAAAUUCCAUGGGAUGAGACCCCAAAUUCCCGAAUUUUGGUGGGAAAUCCCAAAUUCCAUGGGGGGCCCCAAAAUGGCCAAGUGGGCCCAAAGUUCCUUGGGGUGAGACCCCAAAUUCCCAAAUUUUUUCCUGGGAAUUCCCAAUUUUUGGUCGGGGGAAUCCCAAAUUUCUUGGGAAUUCCCAAUUUUUGGUUGGGGGAAUAAAUUUCUUGGGAAUUCCCAAUUUUUUGGGGGAGGAAUCCCAAAUUUCUUGGGAAUUCCCAAUUUUUGGUGGGGGGAAUCCCAAAUUUCUUGGGAAUUCCCAAUUUUUGGUCGGGGAAAUACCAAAUUUCUUGGGAAUUCCCAAUUUUUGGUCAGGGAAAUCCCAAAUUUCUUGGGAAUUCCCAAUUUUUGGUUGGGGGAAUAAAUUUCUUGGGAAUUCCCAAUUUUUGGUCAGGGGAAUCCCAAAUUUCCUGGGAAUUCCCAAUUUUUUGGGGGAGGAUUCCCAGAUUUCCUGGAAUUCCCAAUUUUUUUUAUUUGUUUUUUUUUUUUUUUUUUUGGUGGGGGGUAUAUCCCAAAUUUCGGGAAAAUCUCAAAUUCCCUCUGCUGCUUCCCGGGAUUUUUGGGGGAAGAAAAUAAAAGUUUGGAUUUUCCCAAAA